UGAGUGGUAGAGAGAGAGUGGGAGGGAGUUAAAGAGGGAGAAAGCAAGGUAAAGGAGAGCGAAAAAAGAGGGAGAGCGUAAAAGACUGUGUUUCUGUAGGAAGAUGUUCACUUCCUGGUCAAUUGGAUGAAGUGAACACACAGUACGGAGAGACGAAAGCGGGCUCAGAGGACAAAGAAACAUAAACAUCAAAGGAGACAUUGCGCCUGCGUGUCCCACUACACCAGCACUAGCCAUCCUCCACAUGGCAGAGUCUGACCCAGGAAAGCAGCACAGCAGUCAGUAAUGGAGAUGGAAACAUUGACAAUAUCGCCCUGGGGUCAUGAGUCUAACCCCCACUCCCAGUACCUCUUCAACAGCAUACGUUAAAGCUGCCAGAACAUCCAAUCUGCCCUCACCUAUGCCCAGAGACCAUGGGAAGUGUCAGCAGUUUCAUCUCAGGUCACAGUCUCCACAGCAAGCACUGUCAGGCCACGGAGUACAAACUAAAGAAGGCAGGCCAUCACCGGAAAACAGGCCGGAGCCUGGAUGGCCUACUGAAGUACAGCUUUGCACAGGGGUCUUCCAACCACACCACUAAAGGCAUCUCUCAGGCAGGCAGGAGUGAGGACUUCUUUUACUUAAAGGUGAGCCACAAGCCGCGGAUGACUCAUCGCAGAGGUGUCCCAACAGAAGACCAUGUAGGAGAGGGACAUUCUACUGAUAUGGAACCAGACAGUAGAGUGACACCUAAACUGUUGCCUAUGUCAGGGAAACUGGAGAAGAAUAUGGAGAAGGCUUUGAUCCGGCCCACAGCCUUCAAGCCAGUCAUCCCCAGGAGCACCUCUUCCACAGAGACUCACAACAACCUCACCCACCUCCUUAGUCCCCCAGAGAGGAUCAGAGACUCCCAGGAGCCCAAACAGGACACAUUUUCAGGGACCCUAUCAGACUCUGGGCAGGAUUCAAUGUCCAGCCUGCCUACUCACAGCACCAGUGGGAGCCACAGUGCUUCCACAGGCCCAUUGACUCAGUGUGCAGGAGGCUCAGUCCAUGGCAUGACCCAUCCCCAGCAGCCCCCCCUCUCUACAUGGACCAAUGGGAAUGGCAUUAGUGCCAGUGCCAGGGUUGCAGCUAUAAGCAAUGGAGGGGCAGCGAAGGCUAACAGGGACACCGUCUCCCUCCCCUCACCUCAGAAGCCUAGCCCUCUCUUGGAGGAGAUGGGGGGCUGUAAUCGCUCGCCCAUCUCCACAGAUGAGUCCUUCAUUGAGCUGCUGGAGCAGAGGCUGCUGGAGAGUGAGACAGAGCUGCAGGAGCUGCAGGUGAGCUUUGAGGAGAAAGAGGUGGACACGUGCCAGCUGUUUGAGGAGAGGCAGAGGUAUUGUGUUGAGGAGAUGGAAGGCCUGAAGCAGAGGUGCUCCACCAAGCUCAGGCAGGUCUCCCAGAGGGCUGUAAGGAACCACCAGGCCUUGCAGCUCAAGGUCAGCCAGCUGCAGCAGGACAACCAGAGGCUCCAGGACGAGCUGGUCCAGAUGACCCAGGAGAAGGACCUGAUAGAGGUCAAACUGAUGUCGUUUGAGACGGAGAAGAACCAGCUAGAGCCCACCUUAGAGGAGACCCAGUGGGAGGUAUGCCAAAAGGCUGGGGAGAUCUCCCUGCUGAAGCAUCAGCUCAGGGACUCCCAGGCUGGUGUCACUCACAAGCUGAAUGACAUCGUCAGCCUCAAGGCCUCGCUGAAGGAGACCCGGGCCAAAAUGGAGGCACUGGAAAAGCAGAACAAAUUGCAAGAGGACAAGAUACGCUCUCGCAGUGUGGAUGUCGAGGUAUGCCAAAAUGAGCUCCAGCGCAAGAAGAACGAGGCUGAUCUACUAAGAGCAAAGGUGGGCAUACUGGAGACAGACAUCAAGGGAAUGAAAAAGGACCUGGCCCUGGCAAAAAAAGAACAGAGGCAGCACCUGGAGGCCCAGGCCCAGGAGAGGUCAGACCAGAGUGGGGGCACUGGAGGGAGCAUGAGCACUGACUCCCUCCAGAGAGAGGUGGCGAAACUGAAAGUGGAGCUCAGGGAAGAGAGAGAGACUCAGGAGAGGCUGUCGAACAGAUUUGAGCACGAGAGACAGACGUGGAACAGGGAGAAGGGCAGAGUCAUCAAGUACCAGAAGCAGCUUCAGCUCAACUAUCUGCAGAUGCACAAGAAGAACCAAGACCUGAAGGGGAUCCUGCAGGAGCUCACAGCAGAGCUGGAGAGUCGGCCGGAGCUUGACGUGGACAUCCACAGCUCAGGGUUACACUAUGAGGAUAUUAUCGCCACAGAAAUUUGAGGUAGAAACCCACAGAGAAAAGUAAUAAUGAUGCUCAAAUGUUCUAACAGGGUUAUUAAACAGUCAUAUGAAACACAUAAUUUAUUAUAUCUGGCCAAAAAACAGAUGAGCUAUUGCUGCCUUGGAAGGGGCAGUAUUUUAAUGGUAAUCAAGUUGGCUAACAUACUGCUGCAGGAUAUGAGAAAAUUAUGGUCAGGUCUGACUAUUUUUUAUAAAAAUCCUUCAUUCUCUGAGACUGUGUAAAGCAGGCUUUAACGGGCCAAUCCAGAGAUCAAACAACAACAAUUAACAAAACAGCUGCGGGAUGGGGCUUGAGCUAUGGAUGCAAGGACUGAUCAUCCAUCAGAUCAAAAUGAUAGUUUAAACCGUGUUUUGAAGCUAUACAGUGUUUGUUUACAUUGGCUUUGUUUACAAUCAUUUUAGGUUCUGAUGGGGUACGACAGUUGAACUAAGCUCAUGAAGCAUUUAUGAGUUAUAUUCUUUAAGAUUCAAUGGCUAUAUCAUGAAUUUAGUCCAAAAAUGGAUGUAGCAACUCCAUAUUGGCCCUUUAUGCUUUUGUUAUCCAUAAGUCUGGUUUCCCGGAAACAGAUAAAAAAUAUUUUCGAUGAACAUUCUCCAUUGAGCUUGCUUUUUAGUCCAGGACUAGGCUUAAUCUGUGUCCAGGAAACCACCCCAUAAUGUUCAAUUGACAGUAGCCUAAUAAGCCUACGAAAUGGUUAUUCCUCUUGAGAAGUUUCCCAGCAUUGUACUAGAUUUCUGCAUGUGUCAAGUCCUACAUAGGAUGUUGCAAGUCUCCACAACAUCCACUGAGACACAGCAAUAUGAUGUGAUGUAUUUCCAUUGAAUCUUUUUGAUCACGAUCACCACUGUGGCCAGAGAUAUUGCACAGAGAAUGAGGCAGGAGGCUGCCCUCAUCAGCACCAACACAGAUACUGGCAUCUGCACAUGUAUAUGGGAGUUCACAUAUCUCUCCUGCAACAUGAUACAGUAGCUGCAUCGCUUCACACAGUCUUUGUUUUUGUCGGAAGUUGCCCCGCUCUUUGUGGUAACCAUAUACUGUAGCCGAGUCUACCUUUAAGUGUCAAAGCACUGGAUGUAUAUUUUGUGAAUUAUCAUUAAUAUUAUUUAUUGAUAUAAAGGAUACAAAAGUUCAAUACAUUGUACUGAUUAGUGUUGAAAGGAACUAAUUAAACUGAGAUGAUAAAGAAUGUAUAUCGAUGCACUUCCAUUUUAAGAGGGGUUAGGAGAACAUGAUUGUCAAAGUGCAUCCCACACUACACUGAGAAUGUCUCACUGGUACAGAUUUCUCAAAGAUGUAAAACUUAGUUUUGGAGCUGAUCACUUGAAAACAAAUACUUUCUGAGAAUGUCUAACAUGUACUGUAUCUAUUGGUAUAUUUAUGAUACAUACACAGAUACAUGUUUUUAAAAUCUGACAAUAAAUGAUGUACAGGUA